AUGUACGAUCUGGGAAGUGUAAAGCUUUUAUCUACUAGCAACAGAAAAUUGAUCCAGGAAGUUGAUCCAGGAAGGCCAGAACAACGCAGUUUGUUGCUUUUUGAUGGGAAAGAUGUGGCUGCAGUGGACUUUGAUUCGAACAUCACCUUUCGUGAAACCAUAAAUCAAAUCGAACUCAAAAACCACCCGGGCAGAACAAAGUUAGACGCUAUGGUUGAGGAUACCAUAAGUCCAGAGGAGAGGGCGUCAAUCAGUGCUCGACUAGUUUUGCUGGCUCCCCCCUGUGAGUUCAACGAGGUGUUCGAAGAUGUACGCGUGAUUUCUGGUGAUCACCCAACAACUCAGAAAAAACUCGCUGCAGCCGCCGCACAAUACAACCGGGAUCAGAUGAUACCCGUGAAACUUCCUAAUGCGGAAUACAGCUCAUUGAUAACCGCACAUGGUGAUUUAGGUAACGGGCAGUUCCUCUGCCCUCGAUCACAUUCGACCUUCCAUUACGACCACUUAAAGCAAACGGCUAGCGAUGUCAAAGGCCUCGAUCCAAACGAUGCAGACGGUGGUGAUACGACUGCAGAACCAUGGAGACAUGCUUUGGAAGUCGCCAUAACCGAGUAUACACUUGAGCACUUUCCCAGCGGUAGCGUCGCUGUCUAUGCGCCCGCUGUCACUAAUGAAGAUCGCAGGCUUGUUGCCUGCAUUGUUUCUCAGUUUCGGAAACAUCAAUCCACUGGCCGUUGGCGUUCUGAAUGGACGAUCAAGAUACCAGAUGAACCGAUCGGGGGCACAUUCUCCGUUCAUGGUGUCAUUAAGGUCCAGACCCAUCUUUACGAAGAAGGUAACGUGCAGCUGAUAUCCUCCAAGGAGGUAGACUUCUCUGUAACUGCACCAAAUGCCAAGGCCUUUGCAAAUGAAUGCGUUCGCCAUAUAAAAAACGCGGAGAUAGCCUAUCAGACUGCCGUCGGUGACAAUUUCAAAACAAUGUCCGACACGACUUUCAAAGCAUUGCGCCGUCAGCUGCCAGUAACCCGCUCGAAAAUUGAUUGGAACAAAAUCAUUACCUAUCAGAUUGGUGGCGAAUUAUCGCGUGCCUCAUGAGCUCUAUCUAUCUAUCACACCCUAUGAUGGGUAUUUUCCAUCUGCAUUCCUGAGCACACGCACCGACUGACUGCUUGGUAUCGCCUUUCCACCCCGUCCAGCAUGGCCUGGAAACCGUCUGUGUCCUAUUUUCAAAGGCCCGCAAAUUUUCUUGCUCCUGAUGUUUUCUCGUAAACUUUCCCGUCAUAUGCUGCCAACGAGUGAAUCAGUUUCCACAAACCCAAACUCAUUUGGCUGCUUGCCUGCGAGAUAUAUGUGACUGUGCGUAAUAACCGCUUUUUGGUCUACUACUUGGUCUAUACCAUCAAUCAACCGUCUUUUAUCUGUAGUUUAUAUAAUCUGACUUCGGUUUUGACUUGUAUACCGUCUCCCUAUGUCGUCACCAUCUUCCCAUUGGUCAUGUUUGUUGAUUUCCCUAUUCAUACUUUCUUAUUCUCGAUACGCUCAGUUACAUGCAUACGCUGGGCGUUUUCCCUUGUAUGACUUCUCUACCACCUUGCACCCUGAUAAUCGCACUCUUCAUUUGAUAAUAAGGCGCUGGCGCAACCAAGCAAAUGUUCGUCAGUUUCUGCUGGCCUAGGAGGAUGAUAAAUCUAUCCUUCUUCCGAAAUACACAGGUGGCGGAGGUUCGUGC